AUGGAUAUACGCACGUCCACUCGCUCUGGCAAAUGUAAUCUGCCUUCAGAGAAAGUCUUCUCUAUUCAAAUUGGUUCCGAGAUCUUUCGUCUCUCGGGUGCUUCAAUUGCCUCUGAUGCUCCAUCCUACUUCUCACGCUUCUUCGAGGAUCAAUUGCUUCAGAAUCACGAUGCUGCCAACAUCAGGACCCUCUAUAUUGAUCGCGACCCCACGACAUUCCGCGAGAUCGCUAGACAUCUACAGGGCGCGCAUCUAGGCUACCAUGUCCGGCCCCAGGAUGGCGCGCAAUUCGUGAAGCUAUUUGCAGACGCACAAUUUUAUACAUUGCCCCGAUUGAUGUCCCAGCUGUUCGAGUCCGAAUGUUUUAUUCAAAUCGGCGACCGUCACUUCCAAAUCCCUCGCGAUAUCUUUUCAGCUCCCGGUGACGCUCCGAAUUUCUUCACCCUCGGAUUCGCCGCCUUCUUUGCUUCUCCAACUGAAGUGUUUCCGGGCCUAGACCGCCAGGGUCUCUUACGACCUCCGGCCAUUGUCCCGCCAAGUGUUCCGAACCGAUCUGCGGAUGUCUUUGAUGAGCUCCUACAUAUGCUACGCGGGUAUCCACUGCAUAUUAGAAACGAGGAUCAUCGGACUUCGCUACUGCGCGACUGUCGUUAUUUCCACCUGCGCGGUUUGGAACAAAAGUUGAUCCCCCAUCAGAUAACGACGAAUCCCUUCAGCCAUCGUUUGGAAAUCGCCAUCCGGCUCGAGGAUGUGCGACCGUCUGGAAUUCAGUUUGCCUUUGAUACAGUUGCCGGUUCGCCUGCAGCCGGUGGAAUUGUCACAUACAAGCGCCCCUUUGUAGACGAGAACGCCGCCGAUCUGGUGGUUGAGAUCGGCGCCGAGUCUAGUCUGAUUCAUCGGGGGAGCAUGCGUGUUGACUUUCUCAGCCUUUCGGAGCAAAGGAUCGCCAGUCUGUUGCAGACAGUUGGCAAAAAGAUGAACCUGCCUGAUUCACAUCCACCAUUGGGCCAAGUUCCAAUCAAGGUUCGAAUCGACCGUGAAACUGAUCUCACGGUGGAUGGAGAACACGACCCUCAGCAUUUGAUGAUGCCCAGAGCCAAGACUGAAACUAGCGAUGAUGGUGGACCUCUAGCUAAACGUCCACGAGUCGAUACGGAUGAUGGGCCCUGGGUUGUUCGGACAGGACAAUGGCGAUUGCAAGUGCACAAAGGGCCUACCGGGGCAUACGAGGUGGUCCUGGUUGCUGUCAAAUUGGACGUAUAUACCAGUGCGCAGGUCCGAAACCGGUCACGAAAAUUCCUUUAG